AUGGAAACACAUUAUGACUCACCUGUGGUGAAGACAAAGGAGCUGUCUGAGGACAUCAGAAGGGCUAUUAUAAGCAUACACAAGACCUCCAAAGGGUAUAAGGCCAUCUCCAAAGACCUUGGUAUCCCUGUUUCAACAGUAAAGCAGAUUAUGGAGGAAGCAGUGACUAAGAAAUUUGUCCACGAAGACAGCAGCCACAUCAUUGCUCUAUGUACUGCUAUCGAGGCCUGUCUAGGUCACCUGCUCAAGAGACGGGCAGCUGGUUUUCUCCGCAGUGACAAGAUUGCUGCCCUCUUCACCAAAGUCGGCAAAGUCUACGACACCGCUGGCGAGAUCUGCCGUAAAGUGCAAGAACAGCUCCAGCAGCAUGCUGAUCUCACCAGGAGAACUCAGAGCGUGGGACAUGAGCCUCUGAGGAGACAGGGCUCGUCCACCACCAGCCGCCCCCCUCAACCCCUCUCUGCUCAGGCCAUCAAACACAUCUGGGUCCGAACAGCUAUUUUUGAGAAAGUUCUGGACAAGAUAGUGCAGUACAUUGUGGAUAACUCCAGUAAAUACUACGAGAGAGAAGCUCUAAUGCAUGACUCAGUCUUCGGGCCCAUCUUGGCAGCCCUGCUGGUGGGGCCCUGUGCUCUGGAGUACACCAAGCUGAAGACAUCGGAUCAUUUAUGGACUGACCCCUCAGCCAAUGAGCUAGUCCAGCGCCACCGCAUCCAUGGGGCCCACCGGAGUCAGGACACCACGGCCAGCCGUCGACCUGCACUUGGAAUCCGCAAGAGGCAGUCCAGUGGCAGCAUGUCAGAGGACAAGUUUGCUGCAUCAGCGAGAGAGUAUGUUGAGUCCCUUCACCAAAACUCCAGAACACACCUUCUCUACGGCAAAAACAACGUCCUGGUGCAACCGAAGAAGGAGAUGGAGGUGUUGCGGGGCUACUUGUCGCUCCACCAGGCUGGGGAUAACCUCACUCUGAAGUGGACCCCCAACCAGCUCAUCAAUGGCACAUUGGGAGACUGUGACCUGGAGAAAAGUAUCUACUGGGACUACGCACUGACUGUUCCUCUGCGCCAGAUUGUCUGUAUCCACUGCCAUCAGCGCUCGGAUAUUGGUGGUACACUAGUUCUGGUAAGUCAGGAUGGGAUCCAGAGGCCGCCUCUUCACUUCCCCCCUGGUGGUCACCUCCUGGCUUUCCUCUCCUGCCUGGAAACAGGUCUCUUACCGCGUGGUCAGCUGGAGCCCCCCCUCUGGUCCAAGAAAGGCAAGGGAAAAGUGUUCCCGAAACUGAGGAAGAGGAGCAGUGCUGCCCGACUCAUUGACCAGGACAGGAAUGGUGAGGAGCAGACAGCUGCUGACUAUGUGUUUCGCAUUGUCUACCCAGGAUACCACUACGACGCAACAGUCACUAUAAAUUACCACCACACCACGGGCAGCCGCGCUCCGUCGCUGGACGAUGACGAGGAAGAAGAAGAUAGGCUCCAUGCUAUGAUCUCAAUGAUCUGCUCGCGGAACCUCACAGACCCUAAUGUCAUGAAAGACCAUGGGGAAAUGAUGGAGAUGCAGGGGUUUGGCGGAAGCCCAUCGUCAUGGCAACAGGCCGAAGUAAUCGCUCAUGAGUCCCUGUGCCAGUCCUGCUUCACCGCUGGUAGCAAUGUGUCAUUAGACUACCCGGCUGGCUGUACCUGCAUACACGAACCAUCAGACAUUCACACUAUUCCUCUAAAGAUGCUCUGCCAGAACAUGAAGAGGCAGAUAGUCUCCAGAGCCUUUUAUGGAUGGCUGGCCUACUGUCGACACCUGUCCACUGUGCGGACUCAUCUGUCAGCUCUGGUCAACCACAACAUUGUUCCUCCAGACAGACCAUGUGAGGCGUCCGGGGGCCUCAGCAAAGACGUGUGGAGCAAGUACCAGAAAGACUGCAAGAACUAUAAGGAACUGGAGCUGCUGAGGCUGGUUUACUAUGGUGGAGUGCAACAUGACAUUAGGAAGGAGGUCUGGCCUUUCCUGCUGGGACACUACAAAUUCGGCAUGGGCAAAAAGGACAUGGGACAGAUCGAUGCAAAGAUCAGUGAGCGUUACCAGCAGGUGAUGCAGGAGUGGAAGGCUUGUGAGGUGAUUGUUAAGCAGAGGGAGAAGGAGAUGCAGUCGGCCAUCUUUGCCAAGCUGUCCUCAGGCAGCAGCAUUGACAGUCAUGUCCUACGACUGGUUCACAGAGACUCCACACUCAGUAAUGAGGUGUUCAUGUCAGUAGAUGAGCCAGACGCAUGCAGCAGGGAGACCCCCAGUGGAGAGGACAGUACGCCCACUACGACCACCUUGGUCCCUCCUGCUGCCCUCCCCCCAGAGGAGCGUCCUCUAGUGGAGUUUGACUCUCCAGACUCGGGUCUCCCCUCCUCCAGAAACUACUCAGUGACCUCUGCUCAUUCCCAGAUCCUGUCAAGCAUAGACGACGGUCAGAGCAUGGAGGAAGGGGGGGGUGGUGAUGAGGGCAGGAUUCCAGGUGGGCUGGGGCGGCGUGAGGACUCUCUGACCGAGGACAGGCUGUGUUGCCAAUUGGACAAACUGGUGACAAAUGGAGCACCUGCUGAGGGGAUAUCACCAUCACUGUCGUCAUAUACAAUUGAGCUUUUGGACAUAGUCGCCCUGAACCUCCACAGGAUAGACAAAGAUGUACAACGCUGCGACCGAAACUACUAUUACUUCACUACAGCCAACCUGGAGAAACUACGCAACAUCAUGUGCAGUUAUGUGUGGGAACAUUUAGAGAUGGGCUACGUUCAGGGUAUGUGUGACCUGCUCGCUCCACUCAUGGUCAUCCUUGAUGAUGAGAGCCUGGCGUACAGCUGUUUCACUCAGCUAAUGAAGAGGAUGAGUCAGAACUUCCCUAAUGGUGGAGCCAUGGACACACAUUUUGCCAACAUGAGGUCACUGAUCCAGAUCCUGGAUUCUGAGCUGUUUGAACUGUUUCACCAAAAUGGAGAUUACACUCACUUCUACUUUUGUUACCGCUGGUUCCUGCUGGACUUCAAGAGAGAGCUCCUGUACGAGAAUGUGUUUGCAGUGUGGGAGGUGAUCUGGGUGGCUCCCAGAAUUUCCUCGCAACACUUCGUCCUCUUCCUGGCCUUGGCACUGGUCACAGUUUACCGUGAGAUCAUCAUGGACAACAACAUGGACUUCACUGACAUUAUCAAGUUCUUCAAUGAGAUGGCUGAGCGACAUGAUGUCCAACACAUCUUGAAGAUAGCACGUGAGCUUGUCCACAAAGUUCAGUCUCUGAUGGACAACAAGUGAUCGAAGAGCAAGAGGAGGAGAAAUGGGAUAAUGCAGAGGGAGAAAAUGUUUUCUCUCCCAGAGUGACUUCCAGAGCUCUGUUGAUCCAGAGAAGGUCAAGAGGGCUCAGGUCGCCUCCCUGUCCAAUGGAAAGUCCUGGGAGUGGGGCCGCGGUGCUGCUGAAACAGACUGACUCUGGAGCUUGGCCUGGAUCUGCUUACAUUUACCUUCACAUGGAAUGCUCAUGGUGUCCGUUCAGACAUGUGGCUUGGUCUGCAUGCUUGUAAGUUUGAUCACACUGUAAGCACAUUCUUGAGUCUCCCCAGUCUUGCAGUUU